GGUUUUUUAUCAGCAUGAUACGAUACGGUGUCCAGUUCCGUUAGUCCUUGUGCGUCCUUCGCGCGCAGCGCAGAGAUAAGCCGUUUUAUCUCUUGCGUGCCCAGUGGUUGUGCGGGCCUCAAAAAGUGCCGAGCCCCUCCAGUCAGUGUGAUUGAGCGGUCGAACCGGAGUACUACACGGUCACUGCUGUUUCUUUUUGCGUGUGACGCCAUCGGUCCGGAUAACGGCACGUUGUCAGCAUCGCCGACAGAACGCAUUUCGUUUUAUCGUGUGUUAAACUUGUGCGAGUUCGGUGAGGGACGCGCUGUCACCGGCGCCCUCACCACCGCAUUCCACUGGCAGGAUGAACUACAUUGGCCGGAUCAUCACCAACGUGCGGGAAUUCUGCAACGAGAUCAAUUCGGCGACACUAACAGGGGCCAUCGACGUGGUGGUCAUCGAGCAGCCGGACGGAUCCUUCGCCACGUCACCAUUCCACGUGCGCUUUGGCAAGAUUGGCGUUCUAAGAAGCAGGGAAAAAAUUGUUGACAUUGAGAUUAAUGGGAAACCUGUAGAUAUUCACAUGAAGCUUGGGGAGUCUGGUGAGGCGUUCUUCGUCGAAGAGGUCACGAAAGAAUCGGACCAUGUACCAAUUCACUUGGCCACGUCCCCGCUGCCCGACUGUCACGACAUCGGCGAGGAGCUGAACAAGCUCAAGGCGGCACUCGGCCAGCAGCUGGAAAACAGCAUCAGCCGGCCCGACUGCCUACCACUGGCCGAGUUCACGGUGGGCACGGACACAAACGAUGAGCUGCCCACCAUCACCGGCACCACGCCAGCGACGCCAAUUCCUUCGGCGCCCUUGACCGAGCCCCGGCGACCCUCCAUGACGCGGGUGCACAAGCCGUCUCCCAUGCUUGCGUCACGGCAGCGACCCCAGGAGUCCAUCGGCGUGCAGACCGAGUCGGACAUCACCGGCUGCGAAGAGGAGCAGGAGGACAGGCCGUCAAACGAGGCGGAACAACCGGACGAACCGAAGUACGCCUCGUCUAACAGCCACCAACAGCAGCAGCAGCAGUCGGGUAAGCGGAGGCGGAAGAAGAAGCACCCCAUCCGGCGGCGCUCGCGUAUCAACGAGGACCCGCACAGUCGCACGUCCACGCCCGCAACCGACGACCAGGACAUCUUUCAGAUGGACAGCGACUUCGAGGAAGAGCGGAGCGGGAGCGCGACGGCCAUUGGCGUCACUGCGCCGUCGUCUUCGUCGCCGUCACCGCAGAUGACGCCAUCGACUACCACGGCUGCAGCGGCCAUGUUCAUGAGCCGGUCCGUCACCAUGCCAGCAGACAUAGGCGCUGCGCGCGAGGAGUGGCAGCGGACCAUGACACCCAAGAGGCUGUCGGUAACAUUUCCGGCAGGUGGGGCAUUCCAUCCUUACAGCGACGGAGACUUGACGCCACCUCGCAGCCCCCACAACUCGAGGCCCUCAAGCCCCAAGUCUGACACGGAGUACGAGAACCAGAUGAUGGACGCCAACAGCCAGACGGAGGAGAACACCAUCAGCUGGACGUGGGGCGAGCUGCCGCACAUUCCAAACGCGUCGCGGUUCUCCCAGGAAGAGAUAAGCGCGGCAACGUCUGCCAUGAACGGCGGCGUCCUCCGGCUCUCCAGGGACGCCCAGGAUGACAAGCACCUGGGCCCGCUGUCCUCGGACGAGGAGGACGUUGCGGAGAAGCUUGUUGGGGAAGGUGGCAAGCCCUCGAUGCUGGGAGGCGUGCUGAGCUUCAUGAAGCCCACAAAAAAGCAGAAGGAGGAGACGGCGGCGGCGGCAGCGAAGGACGGCAUCUUUCUAGACGACCUCGACCCUAGGGAACUAGACCCCGAGGUGGCAGCCCUCUACUUCCCAAAGUUUAGGUCAGCACACUCUCCAAGAGGCAAAGACGACGACGCCGAGUCCGGCAACGGGCCGUCGUUGUCCCAGUCUCCCAACAGCGACACGGGCGCUGGCCACCUGACGACGCUGCACUGCCUGGACAGCGACACGGAAGAACGACACAGCAUUUUUGACUUCUGCAGGAACAAGUAUUCGGACCUUGCCAUGUCCCUGUGUGGGGGCCUGCUGGACUGUGAGAAGUCCAUGAUGGAGGAGAAGUUCGCUCACUUCCUUGUCACCUACGACACCUUCUGCGAGAACCCAGACGUGAUCAACAACCCAGACCUUGUCAUUCGGAUGGGCGGAAAGUAUUACAAUUGGAGUGCCAUUGCACCACACCUUCUGUCUCUCGCCAUGUUCCAGAGACCCUUGCCAGAGAAGACACUGGACAGGCUGGCUGACAUUCACAUGCCCAAGAAGAAGAAAAAGUCUACGUACUCUUGGUGGUCUUGGGGCCGUACGGCAGGGGCCAAGCCUGAUGGCGUCAACAAGCCAGACUCUCAGCAUAGCGACGAGAACUUGGGUGUCAGCGAUGGCAGCGAAGGCCUGGACGUCGUCGUCGUGAAGACGCCCGAGCCUGUCGUCACUCCCUGUAGAGACGAAGUGAUUCUCAUCGAUCCCCCACACACCGUGCCACUCGAGAAAAUCGAAGUGCCACACGAAUGCAAGGAGGAGCAGUACGCGUCGACGUCGAGCGAAGCGGAGACCUCUGACGCACAUGGUGGGGCGAGUUCCGAGCACCGCAAGGCGCCCAGGGAGAAGCGGCCCUUCUUCUGCGACAAGUUCAAGAAGUCCCUUCGCCUCUCGUCCGACGAAAUUGCCAGCUUGAACCUGAAGAGCGGGCGCAACGAGGCAGUGUUCAGCGUCACCACGGCCUACCAGGGCACGACGCGUUGCAUGUGCCACAUCUACCUCUGGCGCCACGACGACAAGAUCGUCAUCUCGGACAUCGAUGGCACCAUCACAAAGUCCGACGUCCUGGGUCACAUCAUGCCCAUUCUGGGCCGAGACUGGGCUCAGUCUGGGGUGGCCAAGCUGUUCACCAAAAUCCACGCCAACGGCUACCAGUUCCUGUACCUGUCGGCGCGUGCCAUUGGCCAGGCGCAUCUGACGCGCGAGUACCUGCGCAGCGUGCGCCAGGGUGACCUCUGGCUGCCCGACGGUCCCCUGCUGCUGUCGCCCACCUCACUCAUCAACGCCUUCCACAAGGAGGUGAUUGAGAAGAAGCCUGAGGAGUUCAAGAUAAGCUGUCUGCGGGACAUCCAGACUUUGUUCAAUGUUACGGGGAACCCAUUCUACGCUGGAUUCGGAAAUAAGAUUAAUGACACACUGGCAUAUCGCGCAGUGGGCAUUCCCGUCUCGCGCAUCUUCACCAUCAACCCCAAGGGAGAGCUCAAGCUGGAGCUCAUGCACAACUUCCUGUCCUCGUACCACUGUCUGAGCGACGUCGUCGACCACGUCUUCCCACCGCUGCACAGCACCCUCGAGAUGGGCCGCUGCGGGGUGCAGUCGUUCUCGGCGUGCGAGGAGUUCAGCUCGUUCACCUACUGGCGGGACCCCAUAGCGCCUGUCGAGAUCAAGAUCGAGGAAGAGCCGAGCAACAAGCCCGGCGGCAAGCCCCCCGCCAAGUGAGGUGGGCGAGGAGGCAUGCGCCUCCCCCCAUCACGGGUGUUGCCAGUGUCCGUCUAGUCGCCGGGUUCUCAAAGUCACAGUCAUCCAUCCGCCAUCCUCCCGCGUCUUCUGAGCCAGCCAGGAAAAUUGGGCCAGGCGUACCAGCACCAAAGACUCACCCCGACUUCCUCCUCCUCCUCUUCAUCGUCCUCUCAAUUCACCGUUCUUCUCAACAAUCGCCAGCAUUCUCCGUCGUCAUCGUCGCCGCCUAAAAACAUUGUCACGCAGCCGUUGAACGAAGAUGCGAACAAACCGUAGUCUCUGCAUUGCCUGUCCGCUCUUUUUCUGUGAUACUUAGGUGUAUAUUUUUUUUUUUAUGGUUCUUACUUCCCACCCUCUUGCUUCGCUCCGAUCGUUGGAAAAAUCAGCGAAAUAAGAAGGAACGUCGAAGCAGCCGGAAAAAGGGGUUUCGAAAGGCUGGAUCUUUCUGGACCCGAGCGUUGGCCAAACUAACGCGACAAGUCCUUCAUCGCCGAAUUCCCGAUUAGUAUGUGAAUGUGAUUUAUUCUCAGACCCGCUUUUCCUGGGAUCGUAGAAUUAGCGUCGGUGAACAUCUUAAAAAAAAAGCUCUAUUGUAAGACGGCAAAGGCAUUGAAUGGCUUUCCAUUCCUCAUUUCGAUUUGUGGUGUACGAAAACUUUGGAACAUUUAGAAAAUCACACGUACCUUACCACACACCGCAUUUUUGACUGUACAUUGUAGAAAUGAAAACCAUUAAAAUGGUACCCAUUAUAUUUUUUCUGUUUAUUAUAUUUUGUCAGUCGCUCUGAAUAGUUUCUGAUCCCUUGAAUAUAACAUCUUAAAGCCUCAAGAGAUUGAGAUUGUGCUCGUGGUUUGCAAGUAGUGUCAUUACAGUUGCUGAAAGCCAUCAUCGCAGUCCUCAUUUCGUUUUUUCUUUUUUUUUUAAUCUUUUCAUAAUACUACUUAAGCUCAAUAUUGCUCCAACUCGACGCUUUUUAGGAAUUAUUUUCAUUAUCUAGUUAAUAUAAAAAUUUGUGCUAUCUAGGUUAUAAUAACCAGCCACAUGCGUUCCAUCCGGUGCUUUCAGUGUGAUCGCUUACAUUGGAUGUUUCAGUUCCUCUUAACUGUUGUGUUGUUUUCACCAUGUGAUGUGCUCAUUUUGGCACUUAGGAAAAGGAAGUAUCAUAUAUGUAAUAAAUAUAGUCUACACAGUUUAAAAACUACCAUGCUCGUAAGUACGAAGCAUCAGGGUCAAUGAACAAUAUGUGAAUGUGUGAACAUAUUCACAGUUGACGCUUUCACAUAUUCACAUAUUGUUCACAAUGCGUGAAUAUGUCAAGAAUAUGUGAAUUGGGCCUUUGGUGAAGAGCCUAAUUCCGUUAAGCCUUUCACCAGAGGCCCAAUGCGCUUUUUUUUGUUUUGUUUCUAUAAAAAUGUUACGUUCCAUUUUCUUGUCCAAAUGUCAGCACAAGGCUGGUGUGUUUGACCAUCAGUUAUAGCGUUCAGUUAUUUGUUCAGAAAAGUGCAAAGAUGUUUGUACUUUAAAUUUUCCUUCUUUUUUAUUGCAAGUUGAAGUAGGUGUUUGCAACGUUAUUUCUCUUGAUGAAGCAGCCGGUUAUUAGUGUAAAUAUUUGGAGCUCGUAAAGAGACGCAUUGUUCAUGCCCUGUGAUGUAUGGUGAACAUGUUUUUUUUUCCCUUCCCCAGCACUACUCGGGCGUGUUAUGUGUUUCUUUAUGUUAAUAAAUGUUGUUAUUACAAAUC